CCAGAACAUACUUCACCAUGAUGAGUCUUGACAGGUUCCUGACCGAGCUCGUGCUCGAGCCAAUGAAUCACAUGGAAUAUAAGAUCGAUGUGUGUUCCCUUUCCGAGACCAGUCAUCGGUACCACUCAAUCGCCACUACUCACUUCUACAAUUAUUUCAAAAACGUCGUCUUCGAAUCAGACUUUACACACCACGACCGCGACGUCCUCCACUAGGCUGCAAGAAAGGGAAAGAUAGCCUGCGUGCGCAAGUUACUCCAAGUAGGCGUCCCCGCUACACCUCCACACACGACCAAAUGGUAUCGGAACAUCCCCCUCGAAUCUCCAAUUGCCUUUGCAGCAGCUCGUGGCCAUGAGGAGGUUGUUCGAAUGUUGUUAGACUACGGAGUCGAUCCAAACCCCCUGUUGGGUGACUCCACGGCAUGGCAAUUCGCAAACCCGCUCGGGGCCGCGGUGACACAUGGCCACGAGGCAAUAGUUCGGCUGCUGAUUGACCAUGGUGCGCAACUGGAAUUUCCCAGACAGAUAAUUAACAUUUUCCAGCCCUUGUCCACGGCAGCCUUUUAUCGUCAGACUGCGAUGGUGAAGUUGCUCCUAGAGCAUGGAUGCAAUCCCCUCACUCGUGACUAUCAAAGUCAAGAAGAAAUGGUUGAAGGUUGUGCUUGGACGACGGCGUCUCCAAAGAGUCUAGAGACUCUGCAAUUGUUUAUUGAUCAUGGUGUACGGCCUGACUUUUCCGAUCCUGAUUUUACCUAUCACCAGAGCAUCAGAAUCGCUUUAUGGGAUGAUGACAUCGCGCUGGUCAAAUUCCUGUUCGAUCAUGGGGCUCAGUUAGAACUGCCCACGGAUCCUCAGUGGGAAGGUGUAUUGAGCGAACCUCAGGCAACAGAUAUUUUGUACGAGAUGAGUACCGCAGCGGGCAAAUUCCCGGACUAUGCACCCUUGCUGCUGGAGAAGAUCAAGGUGGAUGAAAUCAUCGAAGAAGGGACCCUGCAAACCAAUUUCUCCAUCAUGAUGGGUGCGGCAACUGGUGGAUGCGAGCAUCUUGCGAGACGUUCGCUAAACAUCGACUGGGUGGCCAAAUUUCCCAACGUCGAGGUUGAGGAUUGGAGAGACUUCCUGAGCGAUUGGCUAAGAACUGCUGCUAGACUUGGCCACCUCGGCAUUGUGAGGCUGCUUUUUGAUCAUGGCGCGAGUACUGAUGAUACCAGGGGCGAGGGUCCGCCGAUAUUUUCUGCAGUGACGCGUAAAUGCCCGGAAAUGGUGGAGCUAUUUUUGGAUCGAGGGGUGGAUCCAUUCGUCAAAGAACUUCGUGGUAGCUUAUUCGACAAAAUCAUUGUCCAAUGUGCAGGGAGUGAGGCAUGUUUGAAAAUGGUCCAGCAAUUGGUGGACCGGGAUCUCCUUGCACCGAAAGGGACUGAUAUUGCCCGUCUCAUUGCGCGGGCCGUGCGCGGAGGAACCGAGGUCUUCAAGCUUGUCGUGGACCAUUUGGGGAUUGCGCUGCACCCGUCUAGCUGGCCCCUGGAGAGGGCGUUUGUUGAGGCAGUGAAGAAGACAAACACAGAGAUCAUGGAAAUGUUCCUCAAGGCGGGGUUUGAUCCUAAUUUCAGGCGGUGUUCCACGAAGGUAGAAAGCUAUCUCGCUAUGGCGGCAGAAGCCUGGGAGGGUCUUAGCCUCCAUGAGCGAGCAGUUGACCUCCUCUUGAAUUACGGGGCAGAUAUUAACUGGCGGAAAAAUAUACAUGAUAUGACGCCCCUUCUCUGUGUCGCAUCAAUGAUGAGCUAUGGCAGUGAAGCGAGACCCGUGAGGCUUUUGUUGAAAAAAGGUGCCGAUCCAUUUUGUUCCUAUAAGGACGGGGAGACCCUGCUAGAAAGAGUGGCCAAACUAGGAAAUCUUCCAACACUCAAAGCCAUUUUGGAACAUUUCGAUGAGCAAAAUACGCCGUUCUCUCGGGUAAAAGUCAUGGUUGAGAAGGCUGUAAGCGAAGCAGGCACCAGGAUGAGUGCUCAAUAUUCGUGGCGUUGGUACUGGCGCAGGGUAUAUCCUUGUCCAGGAGAUGAUACUCCCUUCUAAUUGUCAGGCACAUGAGUCUAUCCUCUCGAGC